CAGUCAGCAGACGGAACACGGCGCUAGGAGAGCUCGUGGUUGAGGGCGCCUCGGACCGCCACGAGGCUGCCGGAGGCGGGCCGGUUACCCGCCGGCUGCUGGGAUCGAGCCGGCGGCCCGAAAGGACGAGCGCCAGAACACCAUGAUCCCCUUGGAGAAGCCGGGGAGCUGCAGCUCCUCGUCUUCCGCCGCCUCCGGCUCGGGUCCGGCCGGCCGGGUUCAGAGCGCCCCGCCCCGGCCGCCUCCGCCCCACGCCCGCGGGCUGCUGACGGAGAUCCGCACCGCGGUGCGCACCGACCCCUUCCAGGACAGCUACAGCCUGAGCCCGGGCCGGGAGCUGGGCAGGGGAAAAUUUGCAGUGGUGAGGAAAUGUAUAAAGAAAGAUUCUGGAAGAGAAUUUGCAGCUAAGUUCAUGAGAAAAAGAAGAAAAGGCCAAGAUUGUCGCAUGGAAAUAAUUCAUGAGAUUGCUGUUCUUGAACUAGCACAGGACAGUCCUUGGGUCAUUAAUUUACUUGAAGUUUAUGAGACUCCAUCAGAAAUGAUCUUGGUUCUGGAAUAUGCUGCUGGGGGUGAGAUCUUUGACCAGUGUGUUGCAGACAGAGAAGAUGCCUUUAAAGAAAAAGAUGUUCAAAGACUCAUGCGACAGAUUUUAGAAGGCGUGCGCUUUUUACACACUCACAAUGUGGUGCAUCUAGAUUUGAAGCCUCAGAAUAUUCUGCUGACAAGCGAAUCUCCAUUGGGUGACAUUAAGAUAGUUGAUUUUGGCCUUUCAAGAAUAAUGAAGAACAGUGAAGAGCUCAGAGAAAUUAUGGGUACUCCAGAAUAUGUAGCUCCUGAAAUUCUUAGUUAUGAUCCUAUCAGCAUGGCAACAGAUAUGUGGAGCAUUGGAGUGCUAACAUAUGUCAUGCUUACAGGAAUAUCACCUUUCUUAGGUGAUGAUAAACAAGAAACAUUCUUGAACAUCUCACAGAUGAAUUUAAGUUAUUCUGAAGAAGAAUUUGGUGGUGUUUCUGAGUCAGCUAUUGACUUCAUCAAGAAACUUUUAGUUAAGAAACCUGAAGGUCGAGCUACUGCUGAAGAAUGUCUAAAACACCCAUGGUUGACACAGAGCAGUAUUCAAGAUCCUUCUUUCAAGGUGAAAGGAACAUUAGAAGCAAAUGUUCUUCAAGGUGAUUUUGUGCCUGAAAUUCAUGCAGAUAUUGAAAAACCAGAAACUGAGGAAUCACUUGUAACAGAAGAGUUAAUUGUAGUUACUUCAUAUACUUUAGGACAAUGUAGACAGUCUGAAAAAGAGAAAAUGGAGCAAAAGGCUGUUUCCAAACGAUUUAAAUUUGAGGAACCUUUGCUACAAGAAAUUCCAGGAGAAUUUAUCUACUGAGCAGUAUUUUCCUUUAGAACUUUAAACUUUCUGCAUUGAAAAUGUUAAUAUUAUUUAUGGACUUCUGGCCAAAUGGUAUAUGUACAGGAAGUGGAUAACCAGGUAUCACUAAUGGAAACAAAAAUAAUUUUCUCAAACUUGUGGAGUUAGGAGAUUAGAUUUAUAAAAUUGCCAACCAGGAUGUUUAACAGUUGAUCUUUUUCAAUGUUCUUGUUAAGAAGGGAGAUGUUUGCACCUUUUAAUUCUACAUCCUGUUGUCUAGAAUGAGAAUUUAUGUACAAAGAUGUUUGUUUUCACUUUCUUAAAAAUCCCAGUAAAAGUGCCAAAACUACA